AUGUCAACAUCGAACGCGGGGCACGAGAAAUUAUUGUCAGUGCCUGAACAUCAGCUCUAUGCGAUGAACUCUGCACAUAGCAGCGACUCUUCGUUGCAUCGCGUAAAGAACAUGCCAGGGUACACCACGCCCGUAUUCAAGGGCAAAGAAGAACAACGCGCUCUUGUCGAGGAUGACGUCGCCGCAAAGGGCUUCAUCCCUCGCGAACUCGUCAGCAACGAAGUCAACUGGUUCUACACUAACCUCGGCAUCGACGACACAUACUUCCAGAAUGAAUCCCGUGAAGUCAUUUCUGACCAUAUCAUUGCGUUGUUUGGAGCGAAAAUCAUGGCAUUCACCAAGCAUGAUCCGAGCAAGCUCGUAAUUGACCUCGAGAGGAUUGAUGAACAGGGAAACGGGGCGACUUUCAUCCAUACCAGUCCCCCUGGACUGACCACCACCGAGGGUCCAGGCGCGACUUGCGAAACAAGAAUCGAUGAUCUAUUCUUGAAUAACUCCACACCUCAGAAUGCCUACAGGUUGGAAACCUUUCGCUCGACAGGUUCAAUCUCGGCCACUGCUUCCCAACAGCUUCGAUGCUAUUUCGUAACCAAAUGCCACUUCCCAAACAAACCUCAAGCAUCCUCAAAUGGGAAGACAGAUAUCCGUGCUGUAUCUGAUUCGGCGUUCCUUGACAGAGCAACGAAGAACACUUUGGAUAUAUACCAACAGGUGAUGUGGAAUGUAGAGAAACGACAUGGCCCAGUUCUAGAAGUAUUUGAGGUUGAAGGCACGCGCGAAAGAAGAUUGGUAAUUGGCUAUAAGAUGGGAGGAACAUCGGGUUUUUUCAGUGCCCUAUCCAAUCUUUAUCACUUUUACUCCCUGUACUCGUCCCGAAAAUACGUCGAGCAAUUCGCAAACGGAAUCACGAUCAUUUCGCUGUAUCUCAACCCACUUCCGGAUUCAAACGCUCCCCCAAUCGAGCAUUCCAUCUUUCAAGUUCUGAAAGAAGCUUCUCUACUUUUCUGCCUUCCGGAUAACCCCUUCUUUUUACCAAAGUCUCUGGGAAGCAAUGCCGUCCAAGAAGCAACAUACGCUUAUUGUGGCUGGAUUUUUGCGCAACAUUUCUGCAACCGCCUUGGGCCAGCCUAUCUUCAGCUCAAAAACGUAUUGAACGAAAAUGAUCCCGCCCAUGCCGAGGUUUUGAACGAUAUCAAGAGGAGAUUUAGGGAAGAGACCUUCACUCGAGAGAGCAUUGCCCAGGUUAUCCAUGCUCACCCUGACCUGAUCCGCUUACUCUAUGUGAACUUUGCGAUGACACAUUAUCCUCCCUCCGAUGACGCCUCGAAAUUGAUGCCAACUCUUUCUUACCAACGCCUCCAAAAUGUACAACCACUCACCGAUGCGGAGUUGUACGACAAGAUCCGGCGAACUGUGCCCAACAAGCAUGAAUUGCAAGUCCUGGAGAGCUUUUUGAUAUUCAACAAACAUGUGUUAAAAACCAACUUUUACCAACCGACGAAGGUCGCUCUAUCUUUCCGCCUCCAACCAGACUUUUUGCCUGAGGUCGAAUACCCGAGGAAGCCAUACGGCAUGUUCAUCGUUAUCGGUAAUGAUUUCAGAGGCUUCCACAUCCGCUUCCGCGAUGUUGCCCGUGGCGGUAUCCGCAUUGUGAUGUCAAGAAAUAAAGAGAACUAUUCGAUUAAUCAGAGGAUGCUAUUCGAUGAGAACUACAACUUGGCGUCUACACAAUCCUUGAAAAAUAAGGACAUUCCUGAAGGUGGCGCCAAGGGCACUAUAUUGCCUUCACUGGGUGCUAAACCCCGCCGGUGCUUCGAGAAAUAUGUCGAUGCCAUCAUUGACCUCCUUAUUCCUGGACAAACACCUGGCAUCAAGGAGCCCUUGGUGGAUCUAUAUGGAAAGCCAGAGCUGCUGUUCUUUGGCCCUGAUGAGGGAACAGCUGAUAUGAUGGACUGGGCGGCUUUACACGCCCGCCAGCGCGGCGCAGAGACAUGGUGGAAAUCGUUCACUACUGGCAAAAGUGCAGAGACACUGGGAGGUGUUCCUCAUGACACUUAUGGAAUGACCUCUCUGUCAAUUAGGCAGUAUGUUUUGGGAUUGUACAAGCAACUUGGUCUCAGGGAGAAAGAUAUCACUAAGGUGCAAACCGGUGGGCCAGAUGGUGAUCUUGGUUCAAAUGAGAUUCUUCUCUCUUCCGACAAGACUGUGGCUGUCAUUGACGGCAGUGGUGUUCUUGCUGACCCUGCUGGCAUUGACCGCGCUGAACUCGUUCGUCUUGCUAAGCUUCGUGUGCCCGUCUCGAAUUUCGAUACUUCCAAAUUAAGCAAGGAUGGCUAUCUUGUCAAAGUCGAAGACCAAGAUAUAAAGUUACCUUCUGGAGAGGUCGUACUUGAUGGCACUGAUUUUAGAAAUGGUGCGCAUCUGAGAUUCAAGGCUGAUUUGUUCGUGCCUUGUGGUGGACGGCCGGAAGCUGUCAACAUCUCGAAUAUGGCUGCUCUCAUCGAUGCCGACGGAAAACCCCAUUUCAAGUAUAUUGUUGAAGGAGCCAACCUGUUUUUGACUCAACAAGCACGUUUGCAUCUCGAGAAGAGAAAGGUCAUUCUUUUCAAAGAUUCGAGUACGAAUAAAGGCGGUGUAACAAGUUCUUCCCUCGAAGUUCUGGCGGGCCUUGCACUCUCAACGCAAGAAUACACAGACCUGAUGAUCUUCAAGGAUGGCAAACCCAGUUCAUUCUACCAGAGCUACGUCAAAGAUAUCCAGACGAAGAUCUCGGAGAAUGCUGCAGCAGAAUUCCAUUGCAUUUGGAAAGAGCAUUCGCGUCUUCAAGGAACCAAAACACGAACAGCGAUCUCGGACGAACUCUCACAGACACUCAACAAUCUGCAGGCUGAACUCGAAAGCUCGGACUUGUAUGACGACAUUCCAAGUCGCCUUGGAGUCAUGAGGAGGGCAAUUCCGAAGACGCUGGUGGAACAGGUUGGACUGGAGACAUUGUUGAAGAGAUUGCCUGAAGCCUACCAGCGCGCCCUGUUUUCAAGCUGGGUAGCUUCUCACUUCAUCUAUAAAUACGGCGUCAACGGGUCGAGCGUCGACUUCUUCCAUUUCGCAAGAGACCUCGCCCACACGCAGUAG